UCAAGUUUCGGGUUAAUCCAGCCAAUCCACAAUCAUUUAGUCAGUUUUAUUUUCUCUAAAUAAAAUGGUGUCGAAGCAGUCGAACGGAUUUAAAGUACCUUCGCUGGCGGGUAUGGCAUUUCACGUACUUCUUCGUAUUUCAAACUCUGAAGAUUGGCACGCUUGGUCAAAACAAGAUCUUGUUGAUAUAGUUUGUUCAAAGAACAGGAGUGAUUUGACAAAGAAUCGACGCAACGCACUAGAAUUAAUUGACCGGUUGGUCAAAAAAGGUAUAAUAAAUUUAUUAUCAACGCGUACAGAUAACAAGAAUCAAGAAAUUACAAUAUAUUGGAUUAGAAAAAAUUUGGAAAAAUUAUCUAUACAAGAAUCAAGACAGAAUUCAGAACUGACACCAAAAUCUGAACUUAGUGCAAAACGACGUUCAAUGGCAUCUAUAAUAAGCAAGGCGCAGUCAAAGUUGAAUUCACCUUUGACUCCAAGUACGGCACGUAGUUCUUCGACGCAAAGUCCAUUGAAAAGAAAAUCUUCUUUACCGUUACCCGCAUCAGUCAAAAGGCCAAAAUUCAAGUCACCUUUAUCUCGUGAAUCGCAUGAUCCAGAAAUUAAAGCAUUAUUGGACCAGAAACGAGAAUUAGAAAAAGAAAUUACCAAAGUUGAAGAAAAUAUCAGGAAGAUUAAAUUGGUAUUGAAAUAUCAGGAGACGAAUGAAGGCAAUAAUAUUGGACAACUAAUUAAGAAAUGGCGUCGAGCAAGUCAAGAGACUGCAGAAUAUUUAUUUUCGAAAAUUCCGAAAGAAAAAUCCUUUUUAGAAGAGGCAGGCUUUUCGAAUGCUUGGGGUAAUUGGGGAUGGGAUGAAGAGGAUCAACAGAAGCAUAUUGUAAGUUAUUCGGAUGGUGAGGAGGAGGAUUAUAAUGAAUCAUCUAAUCAGAAAAACGAACUUGAACAACGUACCAUGAAAACAAUGCUUUUACGAAUGGGAAUUGAUUUAAAGUUGAUCAGAUGGAAUGAAGAUGAUGAAUGUUUCGAAGAAUAAAAGAAAGAUCGUUUUAGUAUAUACAUUAUGAAGAAAGCUAAUAUAAUAUGAAAUCAUGAUUAAUAUAAACAAUUCUUAUUUUAUAUUUUAAUAUUUUAUUUAUAUUAAUUUAU